AGCCUGCCCCUGCCUGGGCUGGGGUUUCUGGUAAACCCUCCCUGAGGUCUGAUGGGGGCAUCUCCUCUGCACCUGCCAAGCUUACUGGUGGAAAAUAGCUUCACAAACUUGGCUCAGCACUCUGUACCCGUGACCUGUGUUGGUCGUGACUCUGCAGUUACAGGGGCUCCGUGUGUGUUUGUCUUCCUGAGUGGGAUGACACGGGGUCCCUAGGUCUUGGGAAAUAUUCAGAGGCAAAGGAAGGGAAUGAGUUACCUACCGGCCUCCCACUGGCUUCCAGCCUCCGAUCUUGGAGGGCCCUUAAGCUGCUGGGACGAUUACCCUGUAAUUGUUCCCAGCAGUGAGGAGGGAGGCCUGCUAGGCCUUCGUGUUUGUUUUGCCUUCUGUGUUAGGCCAGUGGUAACCAAGGGCCGUUUCCCCUUGGUGACGGUGUAUCUGGCCCUGGCCAGGACUGAGCGAGCAGCUCAGGCGCAGCAGGCCUGGGGACCCUGUGGGGCAGCCACACUCAAGAGGACCCCAGGUGUCGGAGGCAGCCCAGACUGCCUUCCCACUGCUGCUGCCCUCCCCUGCCCCCGGGGUGAAGACCCACAGACUUUUCUCCUGGCUUUUCCCCAAGGCACUUGCCUGGAACAUUCCAGAACUCUGGACUUUGUGGCAAUACUGAAUGCUUCACAACCACCGGAAAUCGCCUAGCAACCUUCCUGAGGAAUUCUGUCUGGUCCUAACUACAACCCUGGAGGGAAGGCCCCAAGAUUGAUGAGUUUGCCUUGGGAGUCAGAGAAGAGGUGAAACCAGAGGUCAUCAUGGGUCAGAAGGUCACGGGAGGGAUCAAGACUGUGGACAUGCGGGACCCCACAUACCGACCCCUGAAGCAGGAGCUCCAGGGUCUGGACUAUUGCAAGCCCACCCGGCUGGACCUGCUGCUCGACAUGCCUCCCGUGUCCUAUGACGUCCAGCUGCUCCACUCCUGGAACAAUAAUGACCGUUCACUCAAUGUCUUCGUGAAGGAAGAUGACAAGUUGAUCUUUCACCGGCAUCCGGUGGCCCAGAGCACAGACGCUAUCAGGGGCAAAAUCGGGUACACUCGUGGACUGCACGUGUGGCAGAUCACAUGGGCCAUGAGGCAACGAGGCACACAUGCUGUGGUGGGGGUGGCCACGGCGGAUGCCCCUCUGCACUCGGUUGGCUACACAACCCUCGUAGGAAACAACCAUGAGUCCUGGGGCUGGGACUUGGGGCGUAACCGUCUCUACCAUGAUGGCAAGAACCAGCCAAGUAAAACGUACCCAGCCUUUCUGGAACCGGACGAGACGUUCAUUGUCCCUGACUCCUUCCUUGUGGCCCUAGACAUGGACGAUGGGACCCUGAGUUUCAUUGUGGAUGGGCAGUACAUGGGGGUGGCCUUUCGGGGACUCAAGGGUAAAAAACUGUAUCCUGUCGUGAGUGCCGUCUGGGGCCACUGUGAGAUCCGCAUGCGCUACUUGAACGGACUUGAUCCUGAGCCCCUGCCACUCAUGGACCUGUGCCGGCGUUCGGUGCGCCUAGCUCUAGGAAAGGAGCGCCUGGGCGCGAUCCCCGCCCUGCCACUGCCUGCCUCUCUCAAGGGUUACCUCCUCUACCAGUGACCCACACCCCGGGACCGCCGCGCGCGACAGCCACCUGGUGCCACUCACCGAGCCUUCGGGGUCCACCGACCCCUGCGCCUGGAUUGGAUACCUACCCUGAGUCACGGGCAGACGAGUCCUCAUCCUACCAGCCUCUGCUAGGUGGACCAAUGCCAACGGACUUCUCUCCUCCCUCCCCAACACUGGCUGAAGCAGCAGCAUCCAGGCCCUUCCCUGAACCAGAUGCAGAGAAUAAACGUCUAAGAAAGCCUCUGUCGGGCCCCUGUCUGCUCUCGCGUGGAGUGAGCCACUCCCCACCCUGUGGAGAGAGUCUGUAGCCACCUGGGGGUCCUGGGAAGUAAGAUGAGUGAGAGAUGCCAGGGCUCCGGGGCAGAUUCUGAAAACAGGAAUGGCCAGGACAAGGCCACACAGAUGAAGCUCAGGAUGUCUCACAUACCAUGGACACUGAGACAGAACCCCAGGUUGGGCCUCCCUCGGGCCAAUGAGUGCCUGGCUUCAGUGCCGGCUGUUGGUGCUCCAUGCCCUGUAUUUAUUCUUUAAGCAGUAGCAGCGGCCAUUUAUUUAUUCCAUGUAGAAAGGAAGCCUCCCUUGGUGUGUUGUUACCCCCACACACACACGUACACACACACACGUACACCCGCCACCUCCCUGGAAUGUGUGUGCCACACCUGUCCCUUUUCCUGGGACACGCCUGUGGCGUGUGAACUGUCGUACGUAGACACAAGUGUGUCGUUGUGUAGAUCCCUUGACCCAGUUUCCAAAGGGCUCCGCAUCAGCACCAGAGCAGGCCCCAAGGAGCAUUAGAGGGCUGCGCAAGUCUGCGUCCCCAGGUAGCCGCUUACCUCGGGCAUGUGUACAUGGUUGCACGUGUUUGAGUCUCUUGUCUUCCACGAGUCUGGAAUUUCACAGCUGAUUUUCCUGGUGUUCCCUUUUGGCAUCCUCAGAGCUCUGGGUCUGGAGGGCCAUUCAGGAUAAAUGGGAGUGAGUGGGAUCCCCCGCCCCUGGGAACGCUAUAGGCAAAGCAGGAUGAGAGAGACCAAGACCAGGGUGGAGCAUCAUGGAAGCCCGUGCCUCUCAGGCUCAGCAGCACCCAUCGUGACCCCGCCACACACUCUCAGGCCUCAGGAGUGGAGUGUAGGACCACAAGCAGGCAUUGACUCCCUGUCCCCAGCAGCACCCUCGCGGAGCAUUCCAGCCCCCAUCCUGCUGUCUUGCCCUUUCUCUUGCUUUGAGAUCAGCUCCCUAGAUUGGGAAUGUAGCCCAGUUGGUAGAAUGCUUGCCUAGCAUGCAGGAAGCUCAGGUUCCAUCCCCCCGUACCGAGGAAAAUCAGGCAUGGUGAAACACCCAUGAUCCCAGAACUCAGGAGGUAGAGGCAGGAGGACCAGGAAUUCAGCUACAUACUGAGUUUGUGGCCGCCCAGUGCUAUGUGAAACCUUGUCCUUUAUAAAAAAGAAAGAAAGAAAAGAAGCCAACUCCCAUCGAGUCUGAGCUCUGCUCAUUUCUGCACAGGUACAAUAGAUGACUUUAUGUUGAAAAUGUUUAAUAUAUUUACAUAUAUAUUUGUAAGCGUUGUUUUAAGCAGCUGCUGUAGGGUACCUUUUUUUCCCCAGUCUUCCAGGGGAAUAUAAUUUCUAAAGCACAAAACUGGUGCCAAGACUAGAUAAAGAAUGUAAAUUAUUCCCUUCAUAUUUUGAAGUUUGGGGUUUUUUUUUUUUUGCUUGUUUGUUUUGUUUUUUUCCUUUUGGGACCUUGUCAGAUUAUAAAAUUCCUCUUGUUCCCGUCUUGGUGUGGAUCAUAUUCAACUGUACCAGCUCCCAGCUCCUCGUCCUCAUCCAGCUGUAUCCAUGGAUACUGGUUAAUUACCAGGCUCUCCUGAAUCCCCCCAUCCCAUCACCACAAGGACUCGCCACCCCUCCCUGCUGUCCCGUCAGCAUAAAGCCUCAUGGCAUGUAUAGUGUUGAAACUCUCGUUCUGUUCUAUUUUAUGAUGAUUCAUAACAGUAAUCUAAUAAAGGAAAGUUUGUUAAAAUAUGAAA